ACUGAGGUAACAUCUUGGUGGUAGACUUGGGUUAAUUUUCUUUAAAGGGAAAAAAAGAGGAAAGAAGUGUAAACAUCUGGAAAUAUGAACCAUGCUUAUCAUUUACUUUUUAUGCACUUAAUCUAUGAUGGCAUUUUGGCAGGGAAAUCAUCUUCGGUCAAAUAAUGGGCGACCUGUAUUAACUGGUGGCAGUUUAUCUACAAGGAGUUGGGGCAUUUCUUCAAUAUUUGGGAGCAAGGCCUCAUCUAGAGGGACUGCAGCUACUGAAUCUCCUGAAGAAACUCUACAUGAUGCAGAGAAUAUGUCAUCAACAAUCCAACUGAGAGAGCCUCCAUCAAUCUUAAGACCACUUGAAAUGUCAGAGAAUGAAGCUACAGAAAUAAUUAUCACCAGAAUACUUAUGAAAUCCUACUUUGAUAUAGUCCGUAAGAACAUUCAAGACUUAGUGCCAAAGGCUAUAAUGCAAUUUCUGGUAAUACUGUUUCGUUUAACUCUCCUGUUAGUCAAGUUUAAAGUUAUUAUUCUGACAAAUCUAAAAUAUUUUCCCCCUUUUUAUCAGUUCAGGUCAAUCAUACAAAAGGAAACCUUCAUAACACUUUUAUACAAAUACUGUACCAGAAUACAAACUUGGGUAUUGAUGCUAGUCCCGGAUGACCAAAUUCUCCCGAAUCACCAACGGUAAGAGAAGUUCAUCUUGUAUGUUGUCAUCCAGCGAGCCCAGAGCUCGGAAACUACUCUAUCCAGAAGAGCCACCAUUGUGUUUCAGCUCCAAUGUUGGACUCCGCUACUAGUUGGUUAGAAUGCACGUCUCAGUUCCCAGAUCCCACUGAUUGAAUUUGGUGCCUAGCCAGGGGAUUAAUGCAUCUCAUAAGUGAUAGGCUUGUUCCUAGAUUACAGUUUACAUAGCUUCAUACGUUCUAGCAGCGAAGUUUGGUUAACUGGAUUUGCUAUGUCAAUAUUGUUUUUAUGAGAGUGUUUCAAUUUUGCCCGUCACUAGUUGCGAGAAGAGAAUUUUCAUUUCAUUUUUCUUUAGGCAUCCAUGUUCAAUCAUUUGUAUUUGAUUAAUAUUCGAACGUGAGUGAG